CCUCAUCGCAGCCGCCGGCACCGGGUGCGCUCUGUUCUUGCACGGUUUCCCCUCACCCCGUUAUGGCGGCCGCUGCGGAGGAGCCGUUCCCCUUCCACGGUCUCCUGCCUAAGAAGGAGACUGGUGCCGCCGCCUUUCUUGCCCGCUUCCCCGACUUCGACGGACGGGGGGUGCUGCUGGCGGUGCUGGACACCGGCGUGGACCCGGGAGCGCCGGGCAUGCAGAUUACAACUGAUGGGAAACCCAAGAUAAUUGAUAUAAUUGAUACAACAGGCAGUGGUGAUGUAACUACGUGUACCAUUGCGGAACCUAAAGAUGGAGAAAUUGUCGGUCUGUCUGGAAGAACUUUAAAGAUUCCAGCAACCUGGGUAAAUCCUUCAGGCAAAUAUCACAUUGGCAUAAAAAAUGGCUAUGAUAUUUAUCCUAAAGCUCUUAAGGAGAGGAUUCAGAAAGAACGCAAGGAAAAGCUGUGGGAUCCCAUUCACAGACUGGCUCUAGCAGAGGCCUGUAGAAAACAAGAAGAAUUUGAUGCAGCUCAUAGCUCUUCCUCCCAGGUAAAUAAGCUGAUAAAGGAAGAACUUCAAAAUCAAGUGGAACUGUUGAAUUCUUUUGAGAAAAAAUACAGUGAUCCUGGCCCAGUAUAUGACUGUCUGGUAUGGAAUGAUGGUGAGACCUGGAGAGCCUGCAUAGAUACAAGCGAGAGUGGUGAUUUGACAAGCUGUACAGUGCUGAGAACCUACAAAGAGGCUCAGGAGUAUGGAUCUUUUGGAACAUCUGAAAUGUUGAAUUAUUCUGUGAAUAUAUAUGAUGAUGGAAACCUUCUUUCCAUUGUGACAAGUGGAGGAGCACAUGGAACACAUGUGGCUAGUAUUGCAGCUGGGUACUUUCCAGAAGAGCCAGAACGAAAUGGUGUGGCUCCUGGAGCUCAGAUUCUUGCAAUCAAGAUUGGUGAUACAAGACUAAGUACAAUGGAAACUGGCACUGGUCUAAUAAGAGCUAUGAUAGAAGCAAUAAAAUACAAAUGUGAUCUUGUCAACUAUAGCUAUGGAGAGGCAACACAUUGGCCAAAUUCUGGGAGAAUUUGUGAAGUUAUUAAUGAAGCAGUGUGGAAACACAACGUAAUCUAUGUUUCAAGUGCAGGAAAUAAUGGCCCUUGCCUUUCUACAGUAGGAUGUCCCGGUGGAACUACAUCUAGUGUAAUAGGUGUUGGUGCCUACGUUUCACCUGACAUGAUGGUUGCUGAAUACUCUUUAAGAGAAAAACUGCCAGCAAAUCAAUAUACUUGGUCAUCCAGAGGGCCUAGCACUGAUGGAGCCCUGGGAGUAAGCAUCAGUGCCCCAGGAGGUGCUAUUGCUUCUGUUCCGAACUGGACUCUGCGAGGAACACAACUUAUGAAUGGUACAUCCAUGUCUUCUCCCAAUGCAUGUGGAGGCAUUGCAUUAGUAUUGUCAGGACUCAAAGCUAAUGAUAUUCAUUACACUGUUCAUUCUGUCAGAAGAGCUUUAGAAAAUACUGCAGUGAAGGCUGAAAACAUAGAAGUAUUUGCACAAGGACAUGGUAUUAUUCAGGUUGAUAAAGCCUAUGACUACCUCAUUCAGAAUUCAUCAUUCACAAGUAACAUAGGCUUUACAGUUACUGUUGGCAGCAACCGUGGAAUCUACCUCAGAGAUCCUGCCCAGAUAGCUGCACCUUCUGAUCAUGGUGUUGGCAUAGAACCUGUCUUUCCUGAGAACACGGAAAACACUGAAAGAAUAUCUCUUCAGCUUCAUUUAGCUUUAACUUCAAAUGCAUCAUGGGUCCAGUGUCCUAGUCAUUUAGAGCUUAUGAACCAGUGUCGACACAUAAAUAUUCGUGUGGAUCCACGUGGCCUGAGAGAAGGACUGCAUUAUACAGAGGUGUGUGGAUAUGAUAUAGCAAUGCCUAAUGCAGGCCCUCUCUUCAGAGUUCCGAUAACUGUUGUUAUACCAGCAAGAGUAGAUGAAUCAUCAAGCUAUGACCUGACAUAUACAGACGUUCAUUUUAAACCUGGUCAAAUCCGAAGGCACUUUAUUGAUGUUCCACAGGGAGCUACGUGGGCUGAAGUGACAGUAUGCUCAUGUUCAGCUGAUGUGACCGCCAAGUUUGUGCUUCAUGCCGUUCAGCUAGUGAAACAAAAAGCAUAUAGAAGUCAUGAGUUUUACAAAUUUUCAUCCUUACCAGAAAAAGGAUCAGUGACUGAAGCUUUUCCUGUCUUAGCUGGAAAAACCAUUGAAUUUUGUGUUGCUCGGUGGUGGGCAAGCCUUAGCGAUGUUAGCAUUAAUUACACAGUUUCUUUCCAUGGUGUACUUUGUGCUACUCCUCAGCUAAACAUGCAUGCUUCAGAAGGCAUCGUACGAUUUGAUGUUCAGUCUUUGUUGAAGUAUGAAGAUAUUGCUCCGUGCAUAAAUCUGAAAAGCUGGGUUCAAACACUCAGGCCAGUGAGUGCAAAAAUAAAACCUUUGGGCUCCAGAGAUAUUUUACCAAAUAAUCGACAACUGUAUGAGAUGAUUUUGACCUAUAACUUCCAUCAGCCUAAGAGUGGAGAAGUAACUCCAAGCUGUCCGCUUCUUUGUGAAUUGUUGUAUGAAUCUGAAUUUGAUAGUCAACUGUGGAUUAUUUUUGACCAGAACAAAAGACAAAUGGGUUCAGGAGAUGCCUAUCCGCACCAGUACUCUGUGAAACUGGAAAAAGGAGAUUACACUAUUCGGUUACAAAUUCGUCACGAACAGAACAGUGAGCUGGAUCGCAUCAAAGACCUUCCAUUUAUUGUUUCUCACAGGUUGUCUAGUACCUUGAGCUUAGAUAUUUAUGAAAACCAUAGCCUUGCUCUCUUAGGGAAGAAGAAAUCCAACAGUUUGACAUUACCACCAAAACACAGUCAGCCAUUCUUUGUUACAUCUCUGCCUGAUGACAAAAUACCUAAAGGAGCAGGACCAGGAUGUUAUCUUGCAGGAGCUCUUACACUGUCUAAAACAGAACUUGGAAAGAAAGCUGAUGUCCUUACUGUUCACUAUCAUCUGAUACCGUCACCAUCAAAAAGUAAAAAUGGCAGCAAAGACAAAGAAAGAGAACAGGAAAAAGAAAAAGAUGUAAAAGAAGAAUUUGCUGAAGCUUUAAGAGAUCUAAAAAUACAGUGGAUGACCAAACUGGAUACCACUGACAUGUAUAAUGAGUUGAAGGAAGCAUUUCCUAAUCAUCUUCCAUUGUACGUUGCAAGACUUCAUCAGCUGGAUUCUGAAAAGGAACGAAUGAAAAGACUUGAUGAAAUUGUUGAAGCUGCAAAUACUGUAAUUUCUCAUAUUGAUCAGACAGCAUUAGCAAUAUAUUUUGCCAUGAAGACCGAUCCCAGGCCUGACGCAACUACUAUAAAAAAUGAAAUGGAAAAACAGAAGACUACUUUAGUGGAUGCACUUUGUCGAAAAGGAAGUGCACUGGCUGACCAGCUUCUUCAUCUGCAGGCCCAAGAAGGGGCUGCUUCCAGUGAUGCAGAAGGCAAAGAUGAGGAUCAUGAGAGCUGCUCUGAAGCUUUGACAGAGACAUUCUGGGAAACAACAAAAUGGACUGAUCUUUUUGACAGCAAGGAAGCCCUGUUACGAAAGAAAUGCUGUCAAGUGGCUUUCCUCCUGCCUUUAUCACUGAUGUUCAAUAACCAUUCAAAACUUACAGGGUCAGGUAAGAGCUUUCUUAAUAGAGCAGUGACAUUAUUUUUGGAUAGCCUCCAAUAUGUUAUACUUGCUGAGAGCUCAGAUGCAUUUUUCAUUUUACUUUUUAUUUGUUAUGUUUUUGUUUUGUGAUUCUAUCAUCUUUUAUAGAAGGGAAUUAUCGUUUUCUUUAUAAGCUUAGUUUAACGAACUAAAGCUGCUUAUGGAUCCACUGACCAGUUAUUCAAAAGUGUUUGCUAAUGUGUUUUGCUUUAAGAAAAUAUCCAAAAUAAUUGGAUGGAGAAUGCAGCAUGCGAAGUAUUUUUCCAAUAGCAAUAUUUGGAAAAUCUCUAUGUGAAUGGUGCUGUAUGCUCAUUGUUGCAUAUGUCUGUGUUUUAAGCUAUGACACCUUAAGUAUGAACACCUCAACACAACAAAAAAAGUACUUGAAGACAUAAGAAGAGUGAGCAACUCAAAGUGCUUGGCAUAUACUUCAGAGCUUCAGAAUUACAUCUUUAUUUGUUUGAUAAUUAGUAAAUUAUUUCUGGUUUUGAUUUGUUUUUUGCUAGCUCAGUUUGAUCCUGCAAAGCCUUGUGCUUGUGAUUGACAUUCAGUGGCAGUGUUCAGGCAGAUAAAAUUAGGCAGGUUCUUCAGUCCUUGCGGGAUUCAGAUCUCAGAUUCCUUAAUGUUUUAGGUUCUUAUGAUUGUUUCUUUUUUUUCUUUGUUUUAAUGUAAAAUAUUUAUUUCUGAGCAUCCUUGAAGUGUGUUUGUUAGCUUUUCUUGAAGGGAUAUUUUAAGUGGACAUUGGGAAAAUGUAACUCUUGUUUGCAGAGUCAUAGGAUAGGAAAAUGAUAUAAAGAGUGAGGGGAAAUGAAUAGCAAACUAAUACGAGAUUUCGUAAACUUUGCCAACAACAGAAACACCACCAUGUUAACCAACUUUGCUGGUAUGUCGCUCUUCAGUAAAAAAAUAAAACCCCCUUUAUUUACUAUGAGUGUUUGUCCUGUUUUUGGACAGUGGAACAUGACUGUUCCAAAGGGAAUAUAUGAAACCAUGUCUUGAUUGCACUAAUUCUUAGUGCUGUAACUGGUGAGGUGGUAUGAACUACCUUGCAACCUCCUGAAUGCUGUCAGUGCUUGGGUGUUAAGAGCCCGAUUUAUUUUACAUUAGGUCUUAAAUAGACACAUUUAUUUGCAUGUGUUAAUUAUAGUAUUGAUUAAUAUUGUAAGCUGUCUCUAGAAUUAGUGUUAUCAAAAGGAAGCUUUUUAUAAUCUCUUCUUAAUAAAUUACCAGUAGCGAGGAGCUGACCCCAGACUUGAGGCUUGUCUUCAUGCUUACUUGUCUUCAUUGCUUGUUUAUAAUUAUGUGCAUUGCUCUGUGUGUAUGUAUGUAUCAUUCACUAUGUAUGUUCAUACUUGUUUCUAGAGUAAGUUUGUGGCUUACUAGGAAUCGAACUUCUCAGCUGGGUCUGUUUCUGUGGGUCAAAGAUAUACCUGCUUGGUUCUUGAUACUUUCUUUAUUUCUUUGAUACCGUACAGUUGCAUCUAGAGAAUGAAAAUCCAGAGAAGGUAUAAAUGUGGUGAAUAAAGAAUUAGAAUACUGACAUCUGUGUUACAUAAGAUGUUCUGAAGUCAAAUAUGUUCAUGAAGUCAGAAAUAGUCUCUAGAAAGUUCAUGUUUAUAAUUACUCCUGUGAACUGUCUGUUUUACUGCAAAAACAAAAAAAGGCAAACUAUCUUGUGUGUUGUACUUUGUUUAAAUCACUUCUGCUACCUGAACAGAAUCUGCUAUU